GGCAUUGUGGGAGGCCGGAAAGGGGUCGCCGGGGGAAGAAGAUGGCGGCGCAGGGAAGGGGCCGGGUGGGCGGUGGCAAGGAGGAGCGCGGGUCGGGGCGCCCGGAGUCGGAGCUGCUGCUGCACCCGGAGCUGCUCUCGGAGGAGUUCCUGCUGCUCACACUGGAGCAGAAGAAUAUACUAGUUGAAAAUGAUGUAAAGAUGGACAAAGAUGGUCUCACUGAUCUGUAUAUUCAACAUGCCAUUCCCCUGCCUCAGCGUGACCUACCAAAAAGUAGAUGGGGGAAAAUGAUGGAAAAGAAGAGACAGGAAAAUGAGUUGAAAAGUGGGAAUAAAAGUGUUGGAACGGUGGAAGGUUUAAGGAAACGACCAUUAAUUGUAUUUGAUGGCAAUUCAACAAGUACAAGCAUAAAGGUGAAGAAGACAGAGAAUGGAGCUGCUGAUCGCCUAAAACCUCCUCCAGCUGGAAGCAUCACCAACACUGUUAGAAGAUUAUCAGUUCCUUCAAAUGCCUCAACAUACAUUUCAGCCUCCAGUUUAUCAGAGGACGCUAAGCUUGGAGUGAGGAAUAAUGAGGCCAAGCAGAACAGUAUUUCAAAGACUAACAGCAGUGUGUUGGCUAGUCUGAAGGUGUACCCUUUGUCUCCAGUAGCAGGAACUACUGUUGUGAAGUUAAAGAGAGCUGUUCCAAAAGAAGAAUCUGAUUUGCCGAAUGACCUAAAGCCUACAGAAGCAAAGAAGAAAAUCCAGCAUGUCACAUGGCCAUGAUGCUCUAAUGGUGCUUGAAACAUAAAUGUUACUUCCAUAUUUUCAAACAGAUAAGUCAUAUUUAAACAGUUUAAGUACAAUUCUUUUUAAACCUUACAGGGAUUCAGAUUGCUGUGAAGUUCUAACAAAUUUAAAACUUCCCUGUUGUAAAGCUGGAGUCAUUAUCACCAGUCACCUUAAGAGUGUCUACUCUUGUACACCAAGUAGUUCAUUACUUCUUUGAAAGGUGGUAAUAUUACAAUAUACUACCCCCCCCUUUUAGUUUUCAAGAUUAUUGUAGUUCAUCUCCUGCAUGUCACUAUGAUUCACACAUAUAAAUAUUUCUUCUUUUUUUUUUUUAUUUCUGUAAGAUUAUUUUUUUUCCCCACUUCUGGUUAAAUAGGUAAAAUAGCUAUUGAGAUCCGGAGUGAUCCCAUGAGCCUUCUUGGCUUCAAAAAGAUAAUUCAUUUAGAUGAGAAAACUGACCAUUCUGCUGAUAAGAUAGUCUGAGACAAUUUUUUUUCCUUUUUGUUGCACAGAACAGGGGUGAGGAAUCUACAUUGCAAGUUAGAUUGGUAAUAAGAGAUGAACUAUUUUAACAGCAUUACUUCAAAUUGAAGUUUCUCUUGUUGACACAUGAAAUAAGAAAUGCGCAGAUGGAAGUAUGUUAUUAGACUGUUUGAUUUGAAUCUUUGAGAGGAAGUAGUGAAUGAAUUAGUGCCAUGUUCUCUUAAAUACACAGGCAUAUUUUAUACAUGCGUAAGUGUAAAAAUGUGCCGAUGUAGCAAAUUUGCUUGUUUUCCUGGUUACAGUCAUGCUUAUAAAAUACAGGGAAAAUCUGUGGAAUGCAGGCCAGUACUUUCUCGACUUACUAACAAUUGGAGAGGGACGGGGAUAGGAAGACAAAGUAGUACCUUGAGACCUUUAGCUUAUGUGGUUGCAUUCUGAAAAAAACAACAACCUGUUUUGCCUUUCAAUAAUUGAAGAUGGAUGUUGGUUUUCUGUGAAACUUGGUGUUUCAUCUGGAUUAUUGGUAGUGCCUUAUAAGGCACAAAUCCAAUUAAGCUGAUGGAGACAUUUCUAUUAAAACUCAGCGGCUCAUGGUGGAGCCAAUUUAGAUUCAUUUUAGAUAUGGAUGGUAAAUAAUAACACUCUCAGACUUAGUAAAACAAAAAAAGAAUCAACCUCUGAAUCCACUUAGUUAACCCACUAAAAGAAGCUGUCAGUAGUGAUCUGAAAGCUUGUUUACAUUUUUAACAUUGGUUGAAACCAAAACCUGUAGCUUAGUUCAUUACUGACAGAAGUUUUUCAUUCACUGUUAAGACAUAAAAGGCACUUCUCGGAUGCUGUAAAAUGGUAAGAAUGUGUUUUGAAAUAGUGUGCUGUUUCCCUUUUACUAAACACUUGUGCAGUUUUUGUACUUGAGUACAGCAGACUUUAAUGCAAUGUACAUUUUGUAUGUAAAGAGUUGUCUUUUAAGUAGCCUUAUCCUAUUUAAAUAAAUUUAAUUAAAAGCAAAGAAAGUAGUGCUGA